AUGCGAGGGCCACGGACAACAGUUGAGCGGCUGGAUCAGCCGAGCGCCUAUUUUCUGAACCGGAGCAAUAAACGCAGGCGCAUUGACAAGGAACAUCGCGAAGGUGAGGAUAACUCUAGCAGCCCGGAGGAAGAUCCGGUCGUCAAGCUCCAGAAUGCGACCACUCUCUAUGUGGGUAACUUGUCCUUCUACACCACCGAAGAGCAGGUGUAUGAGUUGUUCUCUAAGUGUGGCGAGAUCAAGCGCCUUGUCAUGGGGCUUGACCGCUACACCAAGACACCGUGUGGCUUCUGCUUUGUCGAGUACUACACUCACCAGGACGCGCUCGAUUGCAUGAAGUAUAUCGGCGGCACCAAGCUCGAUGAACGCAUUAUCCGGACAGAUUUGGACCCUGGCUUCACCGAAGGCCGACAGUACGGCCGCGGAAAGUCUGGCGGCCAAGUGCGGGAUGAGUAUCGUGAGGACUACGACGAAGGCCGCGGUGGCCUUGGUCGACAGAUUCAGUUGCAGCGCAUGAGGGAGCGCGAACGCGAAGCCCGUGAAUUUGACGAUAACUAUGCUCGGCUGAGAUAA